CCGUCAAGGAGAGAGGACGUGUCGCUGCCGCGCUCAGAACCCGUCUCCACGCGCUGACUGGUCCUUUUAUAAGGGCUAAGUAGAGUGCAUCACCCACACGCUAACUCGACCUUUACGACUAUACUCGUAUAUAGCACGUGAUUGUGUCUUCAAGUGUGACGUCUCGGAUUUUAAUUUACGAACAACCAACGGAAACUGCAGUGAUUUUUUAACUUUGAUAAUCAUGUGUUUGUGACAAAAAAUUUAUGGAGGUGCGGGUCAAGAAGAAGAAGAAGGAAGGCUUCAACCUCCGCCGCAACAAGAUCCUCUCCAUCCGCCGCUCCAAGAUCUCCAACAAGUUCUCGUCCAUCGGGAAGCUGCGCCACAGGAAGCGGUGCCACAAGUGCAAGCCCCGCAGCCACAGGUCCUCCUCCACGUGCAUGGACCCCGCGUGCGGCCUCGAGGGCGACUGGGACGACAAGCUGUCCCCCUACAGCAGCGUCAAGACGCAGUCCACCCAGUGCACCGACGACUGCAAGGGCGUGUGCACGUGCAAGUGCGACGACGCCAAGUGCUGCGACAAGGACUCCAAGGAGGAGGUCCGCGUGGUGAGCUUCAUCGAGAUCGAGUCCGACGGGAAGGCGAUGGGCACCGACAACCGCGCCUUCGAGGGCGACGGCGGCCGCUGCGACGGCACCAUCAACAGGUGCAGCUUCCUCAACAAGUACCGCAAGAGGCUGAUCGAGAUCCAGAAGGAGGAGGAGGAGAGAGUCUCCAAGAGCAAGCUCCUGAAGACCUCCCAGGGGCUCACGAAGAGCACCAGCACCACGGGGCUGCCCGAGCACGCCGUCUCCAGCACCGCCGCCACGCAGAUGCCAGAGACAGACAGGUAGGCGCCCCUUUCGUCCCCGGUGGAGC